AUGGGUAAUAUUAGUGAUGAACACAUGUCGUUAGAUCCUUCAAAUGUUGUGAAAACAUUAGGUUUGCGUUGGAAUCCAACAUCAGAUGAAUUUUUAUACAUUGUUAAUUUAGAAAAUACAAAUGAAAUUGCAACCAAAAUAUCUGUUCUUUCGAAAUGCGCUAAAUUAUACGACCCGUUAGGAAUUUUAGGUCCAGUAAUUGUUGUUGGAAAGUUAUUAAUUCAACAAUUAUGGAAACUUAAUUUAGAAUGGGAUGAACCUCUUCCUAAAGAUUUACAAAUUAUAUGGAAAGAAUAUGUAGACCAAUUAAGUUAUCUCAAUGAUAUUCGAUUUAAAAGAUGUAUCACUGUCGAGAAUUUCACAGAUAUUCAAGUACACGGCUUCUGUGAUGCCAGUGAGAAGGCAUAUGGGGCGUGUCUUUAUCUUCGCUCAACCAAUGACAAUGAUGAUACACAAGUAUCAUUAAUCUGUUCUCAAUCUCGAGUCGCACCACUCAAAUCUACAUCCUUGCCUAGGUUAGAAUUGUGUUCAGCUCUUCUAUUAGCAGAAAUCUAUGAAACUACAAUGAAAUGCUUAAAAAUUCAAAUUUCAGAGACCUUUUUUUGGUCUGAUUCAAUGAUAGCGUUAAGCUGGAUCAAUACCUCUCCCCAUUUGCUAGAAGCGUUUCUUGCAAAUCGCGUUUCUAAAAUACAAACUUUGACAAAGGCUGAAAAUUGGCGACAUGUACCCACGGAAAGCAAUCCUUCUGAUAUGUUAUCACGCGGAUUAAGUCCUCGUGAAUUCAUUCACAAUCGUGAUUGGAAAAAUGGUCCCUCAUGGUUGCAAUUAAAUGACAAGAAUUGGCCUCAAAGGGAUAUACAAGUAAAUGAAAUUUCUGGUCUUCGUAAAGUAAAGGCAGUUUUUUCAUUUAAAUUAACACAAGGUAAAGUUGAUAUGUUAACAAAAUACAGCAGCUGGCAAAAAACAGUUAGAAUAGUUGCGUAUUGUUUACGUUUUAUAUCAAACGCGAAAAACAAGGUUGAAAAUUCUCAACUCAAAACAAAUUUAUCCGAAAAUGAAAUUAACUCAGCAAAGAGUCAAAUUAUUAAAUUAAUUCAAGCAGAAUCAUUCUCAAGCGAAAAACGUUCUCUUUCAAAAAAUCAACAAAUCUCUAAAGACAGUAAACUUAUCUUUUUAAACCCAUUUCUUGACCAAGGUGUUCUUAAAGUGGGAGGGCGUCUAAAUCUCGCGGACCUUCCCGAAUCUAAAAAGCAUCCAAUCGUUUUACCAAAGGAUCAUCAUAUUACAAAAUUAAUAAUUAAAAACGAGCAUAUGAAACGUUUACAUGCAGGAGUUAAUUCGACUCUAUGCGGCGUUCGCGAAACCUACUGGCCCAUCGAUGGUCUUGCGGUGUUCGUUUGCUUUGCUACCAAGGCGGUUCAUUUAGAACUAGCUAGUGAUUUAACAACAGAAGCAUUUCUAGCAUGUUUAAAAAGAUUUUUUGCUCGACGUGGAAUUUCUCAAUCCAUUCACUCUGAUAAUGCCACAAACUUUGUUGGAACAAAUAAUGAAAUCAAGGAACUGUUCAAAACAAUUAAUACAGUAAUAAUAGAUGAAAGAACUAAAGAAUAUCUCUCUAACAAAUCGGUUUCUUGGCAUUUCAUUCCUCCUCGGGCUCCUCAUUUUGGGGGACUUUGGGAGGCUGCAGUAAAAUCGUUUAAAUUUCACUUCGUCCGAGUCACAGAAAAUUCUCUCCUGACUUAUGAGCAACUUCACACAUAUGUAACAGAAAUUGAGUCAAUUUUAAAUUCCAGACCUUUGACUCCUCUCUUGACUGAUCCUAAUGAUCUUAAUCUUUUAACACCCGCACAUUUCCUCUUGGGUGGUUCUCUAACAAGCUUGCCACAAGAGGAUCUCCGCAACAUUCCAGAGCAUCGACUGAACUGUUGGCAACUUGCUCAAAAAAUGCGUCAUCACUUCUGGGACCGAUGGCAUAAAGAAUACCUGAACGAGUUAAUUUGUAGGAGUAAAUGGCAAUCUGCGACUGAACAAAGUGCUAUACAACCAGGAAUACUCAUCUUGUCCAAAGAGGACGAUCUACCACCAAUGAAGUGGCCUCUUGGACGUGUUGUCAUGAUUCACCGAGGAUCUGAUGGAAUAGUGAGGGCUGUGACAAUAAAAACAAAAUCAGGGCAUGAUGAUGCAUCUAUUGUUAUCACAAAUGCGAAUGGUGAGGUAACUGUUAAUCAUAAUGAAAUACAUCAUUAUGAAGAAAAUAGAUAUGUUGGUCCAGUUGAGGCAGUUUGGAGAAUUCUAAGUAAACCUUUAAAGAAAAAGAAUCAUAGCGUUAAUCACUUACCCAUACAUUUGCCAAAUGAACAGAAUGUUAUUAUUCGAGAAGAAAAAGAUAGUAACGUAAAAGGAGCAACUUCUUUUGAAAGUUUCAUAACAGUUAAUGGAGUUGUUCAUGAAUCUUUUACAACUGCUUGUUUGGCAUUAGGACUUGCAGAAGAUGAUAGUGAGUGGAUUAGGACAAUCAAAGAAGCUGCAUUAUGGAUGAUGCCUCAUUCACUUCGCCAAUUAUUCACAAGAAUUUUAAUUCAAUGUCAUCCUGUACAUCUGGAUGAACUAUAUAUGGGAACAAUUUAA